AUGGAGAUUCCCAAAGAAAUCCUCAAUACAGUGGCGCCGUCGGUCGCUAGUAAUGAACAAUUGAAGGCAUUACGUCUUCGCGAAUGUGCUAUAAAAGAACUUAUUGAUUCAGAAAAAGUCUAUGUGGAAUAUCUCAAUCAGAUUGUUAGUGGGUAUAUGGUAGAGAUGGAAGAUCCCAAAAAUGAAAUACCUUUGCCCGACGAUCUGAAAGGUUCUAAAAAAAACUUGAUAUUUAAUAAUAUCAACGACAUUUACGAGUGGCACAGGGAUUUCUUUUUAAAGGGUCUGCAGAACUGCCUGAAUUCACCGACGACUUUGGGUCCAUUGAUAAAUCGCUCUCAAGCCAAGUUUAAUAUGUAUUCUUAUUACUGCAGCAACCAUCCACUAUCGGAAUUCCUAGUUGAGAAGCACAAAGACUAUUUUAAUAAGAUACGCCAGAAGUUGGGAUACGAACAAUAUCUUCCCAGCCUACUUAUCAAGCCCGUCCAACGGCUACCCAAAUAUGAACCUAUUAUAAAAGAGAUAUCUAAGUACUCCGAAAAGGCGGGGCUACAGGAAGAUCUGCAACUCUUGGAGCAGACCAGAACAAAGUUAUUGACCGUGAGUCGGGCAGUGGAUAAUAUGAGGGUAGUGCUGGAAGGACUGGAGGACUUUGGCGCUGAUUUAACGGCUCAGGGCAGAUUUUUAAGGCAAGGACCUCUAAUUUGCAAAUUUUAUGGGGACCGGAAGAAGUACGACUUGCACGCGUUAUUAUUUCAGCAGAUUAUCAUAUUUGCCAAGACAAAGAAGGUUAAGGGAAAGUUCUCAAAUCCUGAGUUCAAGUAUCGUUCUCAUAUUCAGCUCAAUAAAAUGGAAAUCGAGGAGCUUGGAGGUCAUGUUUUCUCUUUGAAGUCAAUGGACCCCACUGAAUCAGAUGUGGUUUGCGAAGUAAAAAACAUAAUGGAAUAUUCUGAAUGGGUCAAAACUCUAAAAGAUAUUGUAGACAAACGAAAUGACUUCAUAGCUCGUCUCACAGAACCUAAACUAAAAAGCAUUUCUUAUACCAAAUAG